AUGGCAAAUUCUGUCAAAAGAUUAUCCCAUCACAUUUCCUUAAAGCUACCAAUUAAACGCUUUCGUGUCUUACAUUACUCAGCAUCCUCCACUAAUCAAAUUGAAUAUUCAAAAUGGGACAAUGGAGGUGGAACUUUCCACAAAUCAGCUUGCAUCGACCCAACAGUGUUAAUUGAAAUCGGCGCAGUAGUUCAUUCAAAAGCUGUACUGGGUUCUAAUAUUCUUGUUGGAUCAGGAACGGUUAUAGGACCUGAAGUUACUAUUGGUCACUCUACAAAGAUAGGGUAUAAUGUUGCUCUGAGUAAUUGUAGUAUAGGGGAUUCAUGUGUAAUUCACCAUGGAGUAUGCAUUGGUCAAGAUGGAUUUGGGUUUUUUGUGGAUGACAAAGGCAGCAUGAUGAAGAAGCCUCAACUGCUGAAUGCUAUCAUAGGAGAUCAUGUAGAGAUUGGGGCAAAUACAUGCAUUGACAGGGGAAGUUGGAGAGAGACCGUUAUUGGGGAUCAUUCCAAGUUAGAUAAUUUAGUCCAAAUUGGUCACAAUGUGGUUAUAGGAAAGGGUUGUAUGCUUUGUGGACAGGUUGGGGUUGCAGGCUCAGUGACCAUGGGAGACUACAUCACUUUAGGAGGAAGGGUUGCAGUUCGUGAUCAUGUAUCUAUUGCAUCAAAGGUCCGGCUUGCUGCUAAUAGCUGUGUGACCAAGGACAUUAGAGAACCUGGGGAUUAUGGUGGCUUCCCUGCUGUGCCAAUUCAUGAAUGGCGAAGACAAGUUGCUAGUCGCUAUCGGAUUUCAAAGAAGGCGAUUCUAUAG